AUGUUAUUCAUACCACCUAUUCCAGUUUUAUUUGGUGAUAUUUAUUUUGCUUUUAAAAAAUAUAAACCAACAAUGUUGGACUAUCGAAAAUUUCUGUUUCCUUAUGUAUGUUAUAAUAGUUCUCGUUAUAAUAAUUUUUUUAUCGAUAAUUCAAAUGAAAUAUACAAUUAUUCAACGGUAUUAUUUAAUAAUUUAAUUUGUCAUCGUGGUAUUCAACAACCCGAUGUAUUUCCAUCACCACAAUUUUAUUUACAACACUUACAUUCAAAACUUUGGCAAUACCAUGAAAUUUAUAAUUAUAAUUCUAUAAUUUGUAAUAGAUCGAAGAUGUGUCAAUGUUCGAAUUCAUUAAAAUGUAUUUCUAUACAUCGUCGUAUGAAUGGUAUAAAUGAUUGUCCGAAUAGUGAUGACGAAAAUAUAACUUCAAUUAAUCAUACUAUUUCUAUAGACGAAAUUAAACCUCCAGAAGAAGAAUCAGACAUAAAAUUACAAAAUUUUCGCGAACAUAUUUCAUUUCAAACAAUUUGUGAUAGAUCUACUGAAUUAUUACCAAUAUUAACGGAUGGGCGAAAUGAAACAGAUGAAACGGAAUGUGAACAUUGGUUUUGUAAUAAUAUUUAUACUCGCUGCAACGGUGCAUGGAAUUGUCUUAAUGGUGCAGAUGAAAUUAAUUGUGAUUUACCAUCAUCAUCAAUAUUAAAUUAUUUAUUAGAUCAUCAUAAAUGUGUUUCACCUGAUACAAAUCAAUUUAUUUAUUUACCUAUUAACAAAGCAGAUGAUGGUAAAGUUGAUUGUCUUGGUGCUACAGAUGAACCAACAUUAUGUCACAAACAAAAUGCAAUCAUUUAUUGGCAUGGCUUUUACUGCAUGAAUCAAAGCUUAAAACCAUGUAUACCUGAUGUGCAACUAUGUUACAGUCUUUUUGUUUGUCAGAGGAACGUGAAAAUGCAGCCAUAUAUAAAAGAACCAAUUAUUCACUUUACUCUCGAUGGAAUGAAGAAAUCACUGGAAGAUCAAACAAAACAUAUUGAAAAUGAAGUACGUUCAAGUUCACCUAUAAUUACAAAAUCAGAUCAACAUCAACAUCAUUGUCAUCGUGGUAUUAACUUACGUAUUUGUUAUUAUGGUGACAAAUGUCAAUACCAAAAUCAACGAGUAAGUUUAUCAGUUCGAUUUCAAGCAUCACCUAAUUCAUGGCAAAUACCAUCUGCAAUUGUUAUUUUAUUAAUUGAUGAUGAUAAUAAUAAACAAAUAAUUCAUUCAUAUGAACAAAUUACUUACUUAUCAACACGAGAUUGUAAAAUUAAAUAUAAUAUUUAUUUACUUUAUUCAAAUCGACCAAAACAUCAAACAAAAAAUUAUGGAAUACAAAUUAAUAUUUAUGAAAAAAUUUCAUUAAAAUAUCGUGGAAGUUUAUUUUUUCCAAGUAAAUUUUCAUUUUUACCUGUUUAUCGUUUAGCAUUAAUCGUUAAUAUUCCAAAUGAUAAUAUUAAUUUUGAAAGUUGUUCAAAUAAUGUAUGUAUUAAUGGUCGAUGUAUUAGAUAUUUAAAUAAUAAAGACAAAACAUUUUGUCAGUGUAAUGUGGGAUGGUCUGGUCGUUAUUGUACAAUUCAACAUUCGUCAAUAUGUUCAUCUGAUUCAUUAGAUAUUGGUAUUUCUUCUUCUACUGAUCAAUCAAUAUGCGUUUGUCCUAUUUAUAAAUUUGGUCCUCGAUGUCUUCUUAACAAUAUGAUAUGUCAAAAUGACGGUCUAUAUAUUCCCAUGGAUGAAUAUAUGCUAUCGAAGAAACGAUUUAUAUGUAUUUGUCGAAAAGUUUAUUUUGGAGAACGAUGUGAAUUAGAGGAUACUAAAAUAAUUUUAUCAUUUGAAAAAUCUAUUAUUGUACCACAAUCAAUAUUCAUUCAUUUUAUUGAAGUUAUGAAUCGUGAUAGACCAGUGCGAUCAAC